AUGGCUUCCCCCGGGAGCUCCGACGCGCAGCAAGAAGCGAUCAAGUCUCGACUGUUCGCUGUGCUUCGACGACCCGAGAAUGAUCAGUGCGCGGACUGCGGUGCUGCCACGCCGAAAUGGGCCACAGUGACACAUGGAGGCUUCAUCUGCACUCAAUGCGCAGGCGUUCAUCGAUCUCUGGGUGUUCACGUGUCAUUCGUACUCAGCGUCAUGCUCGACAAGUGGACAGAUGAACAGGUCGACGCAAUGGACAAAGGUGGCAACGUUAAACUCAACAAACUACUCGAACGUACUCUCCCUCUACAACUUAAACUCAACGACCUAACGCCCAAGAAACCCGAAGCACAGACGCCACGAGCUGAGCGCGAACUCUUCAUCCGAGCCAAAUAUGAAGAGAAACUGUUCUCUGGAGGUGUGGCCAAUUCCCCUCCCAAGUCUCCCUCCAGACGUAGUCCCACCAAAUCUACAGCUACAACCCAAGGAAUGGUCGAGUACACUGGAGUGGUAGUGAUUGACCUCAAAGAAGCCAAGGAGCUUGCUGGCAUGAACAUCAGUGGCAAAUCAGACCCGUACGUCACCUUCCGCUUAGGUGAACAAAGUAUCAGUAGUAAACGCGUGGACAACAGUGUCAAUCCUCAAUGGAACCAGCAACUUUUGCUCUCGUGGGACGGUACUUCUCCUCUGGAGAUCGAGUUGUACGACUACAACAAAGUCAACGCAGAUCGACCCAUGGGAGCCUUCGCUAUUAGCGCUGAGCAGCUCUCGUCUCUACCUGACGCUGGGGACUCGGAUGGUCCCUAUGAAGAUUGGUAUCCUGCCAUUAUGCCUCGAGACUGGGCUACCAACUUCAGUGAGCACAUGGUGGCAGGCGCUGAAGGUGUCACGAAGGGAAUCUAUCGCGGUAUCACUGGAGUGUUCAAAGACCCGAUCAAAGGAGCUCGAGAGAACGGACUUGAAGGCUUCGCUAAAGGCGUCGGCACUGGCGUCGCUGGCGUAGUUUACCGUCCCAUUAAGGGCCUUGGGACGAUGGUCAAACACUCGGCUUUAUCUGUCGGAGUCGGCAAGAAACACCGCAGCAACAGCGUAAGCAGCGAGCACGACGGCAGCUCGUCACCACACAGUCGAGACUUUGUAGCUGCGGGGUCGGUACGCAUUGCCUUAUCCCUGCAGAAAUUCUCGUAA